AUCCAAAGAUCUACAAAAGGUGACAUAACUGUAAAUUUUUACCGAAUGAGUAACAAAAAGAGGCAAACAAAGUGGAUAAAGUUUGUCGUUGUGGAUAGUGAAUGAGAACUUCAUUUUAGUUCAGAGGGAGUACUUUGGAGGCACUUCUUAUCUCAACCUCCAAAAAAGGAAUAGUGAGAUAAAAAAUCAAGAACUGUUUUCGUUGUAGCCACUUUAAAAAUAUCAUGAGAUGACAAUGAGGUGAGAUAUUUGCUCAUCACGUUUCAUUACAAAUUAAUUACUCCGUAAUUACUACAAAACAUUUGAUUUCUUAAGAUGCAUUUACUUUUGGUUGCAAUGAUGUUUACUUCAGAUUGUUGUUCUGUACAUUAUAAACUACUAAUGUUGUUGCAUUAUAUUUUUUGUUGGUUCAUAUUUAAUAGUUCCAUAAGUACAUAGCAUUUUAUGAUAUAAGCUCAAUUGUUGUUUUUGUGAAAAAAGUUUACCCUUGACUAUAAAUUUUGCGAUGUGCUAUUGGGCGCUACAAAAAGAGUAUGGCCUUUAUCUAUCUUCACUUCUAUCAUGAUGUAUCUAUUUAUAUUAUGUUUAAUCAAAGACACAAAAUGAUAGUUUAUGUGGGUUUCUUAAAUGUGGACUGCAGAUGGCAUGCUGUUGCGUCAUGGACAUGGGAUGCGCAGGAUGAAACUUGUGGGAUAUGCAGAAUGGCGUUUGAUGGUUGCUGUCCUGAUUGUAAAAUCCCCGGGGAUGAUUGCCCAUUAAUUUGGGGAGCUUGCAACCAUGCAUUCCAUCUCCAUUGCAUCUUGAAAUGGGUGAAUUCACAAACUUCUCAAGCUCAUUGCCCUAUGUGCCGAAGGGAAUGGCAAUACAAAGGAUGAUGAUGAAUUGAUGACAAACUUUGUUUUCUCGACACAUUUUCUAACUUCUGGGUACGUCUUUGUUCUGUUUAAUCGCGGUGGCAAUGAGGCGACUAUGUCACGUAAGCUAAUUUAUAUGGCUCCAAGAUUAGUUGGACGAACGUAACGGGUUAUCAAAUUGAUAGCUGUACACUUAAUGCAGAAGUGAAAGACUAAAUAUGGAAAUGCUCU